AAACUUUAUCUGCACCGGUUAAAGAACUUUCCACUUCAAGUGCAAACUAUUAUAUUCUUAUUAAUUCAUGCGUAAUGCUUUGUCAAAUAAUAAAAUCAAAUUGUAAUCAUUUAAAUGCGGUUUUCUUUUUAAUUUUGUGGAUACAAUGAGAGUUUCUUCAACACCUGUCUUACUACAUCGCCUGAAGUCCAGCUUUUUGAAGUCUGUAGGUCGAGAUGUAGUAAAGCCAACAUACAGCAUUGUCACCCCGGGUCGGGUCAGCCCUGCUAGAUUAGUUCCAGACCACAUAGUAAAACCCUCCUAUGCAAUGACAGGUGAGUUACCAGAGAGACUGUUGGAACCAGAAAUUAAGACAGCCAGUGAAAUCAGUGGUCUACGAACCUCAUGCAGACUUGCAGGGAAAAUUCUAAACACUGUUGGAAAAUCUAUCAAGGUUGGGAUGACAACAGAUGCGAUUGAUGGAAUUGUUCAUGAGGAAUGUAUAAAAAAUAAUGCAUACCCUUCCCCAUUAACAUACAAAGGUUUUCCAAAGUCAGUUUGCACAUCUGUGAACAAUGUGGCCUGUCAUGGUAUACCGGAUGACAGACCCUUGGAGAAUGGGGACAUUGUGAAUGUGGAUGUGUCGGUGUAUUUAUGUGGUUAUCAUGGAGACACAUCAGAGACGUUUGCUGUUGGGAAAGUGGACAAGGCUGGGCAGCAGCUGCUGAGGGUGGGACGAGAAUGCCUCGCAAUCGGAAUAGACGUCUGCAGACCCGGUGCCAGGUUCUGUGAUAUCGGCAUUGCCAUCAGUGAGCACGCCCAUGCAGCAGGGUUCACAGUGAUACCGCAGAUCAUUGGACACGGGAUUGGGACGUACUUCCAUGGACCCCCUGACAUCUUCCAUGUCGAUUACAUCACAAAGGAAACUGAGGAAGUUAUGAGACCAGGGAUGACAUUUACAAUCGAGCCAGUGAUAUGCGAAGGUUCAGAGAGGUACAAGGUGCUGGCUGAUGGCUGGACGCUGGUCACUCUGGACAACAGUCGCUCAUGUCAGUUUGAACACACUGUCCUUAUCACAGAUACAGGCGUCAACAUUCUGACCAAGUACAUUGCAAACAAUGAGGAAACAUGAUCGUGAAGGUUUGAGAGACAUUGCUGACUCUGGUCAUUUGAAAGUGCUUCAAGCUUUAAUGGUAUGCGUGUGUCUGAAUUCCAGGCUGUCAUGGGUUUUGUGUGUCUAGAGCCAGUGUCCACAUCCACUGUUUAUAGUUUACUAUCAAACAAUUAUAUAACUAGCAUCAAUCAGGUGCCAAAAGUUUGUUCAUUGGAACAAUUGGGAGAAAUUAAAUAACUUCAAACAUUAAAAUGAAGUAUAGACAUUUUUUCCAAAUAACAGUCAAUGAAGUAUAGACAUUUUUUCCUAAUAACAGUCAAAUGGACAGAGGCCACUGAUUACCCCACAUGAAUACCACAUGCUGUACAUACAUUUUUGGAAAUUAUUUCAGCAAAAUUAUUGGAUUUGUUUACUGUAUUGCUACUUUAUAAGAGAACAAGAAGACCUUGAUUUAUUUUCACUUUCCCUGUGAGACUAUCAGGUUGUUUGUUUUACUUGUCCUGUCCUAUAAUUUGGUUGGUCAGGACAAUACUUCUGUUAACAUCAAGACCUGCUUUGAGUGAGUCUUUAGACAAUCGAUUUCACUAUCAUGGACAUCUGUGUAGAUUCAAUGUAUUUAAAAUUUGCAAACACCCAUAUCAAUUGUAGAUAAUCAUUCAAACACUAAGCAUGCUGUGUGUCUUAAGUGCAAAGAACUAGUCAUUGUAUAAUGCGGAGAAGAAAUUCAAAAAUCUGUUUUUCUUGAAAUUGUAUCAUAUGUCAACAUCUUGUGAAGCAUAAUAUCUUAAAUAAUUGUUCUAAAUACUUUGACAACUUUUUACACACCAUAAUAACAGGAAUGUUGUCUUUUAAAUGUUAAGUGGAAAGUGCAAAUUUCGCUUAAGGCAAAUUUACUGACAGAGAAUUUCGUAAUGCCUUUUCAUCAUCUGAGCCAAAUGUAAAGUUUUGUGUUCCAAUUUUGUCUUGUGAAUGCGAAAAGAAUGUGUGAUAAGUACUUUGCUCAGCAUCCCAGUGAAGAAACAAAAGACCAAUCAUUAUCGGGUACUGGCCUGUUUUCCUACUAAUAACACUUCUGUUUCUAUAGCCAACAGCAGGCACAAACACUUGACCAAAAGUUCUAUCUAUUUCGAUUAUACUAGCGUUUUGUCCAACACAGUUGUUCUUCGGAUCUAACAAUUGUUCUUCUGAAUACAUUAUUAUAACCGGC